UUAAUGGCCUGUGGGUAACCCUGAGGCCAGGCAGGAGCCAGGUGCUGGCCCCACGACGGCAGCUUUCUGGGACCUUGAAGGGCAGCACCAGCCUCCGAGAUUAACUGCAUGCAUGUCCACUUGACUCUGCAGAGCCGUGUCCUUUCUGUGUGGGUGCAUCAGACAUCCUUUCCCAGAAGGGUCUGAAAAGCUGGUUCUGACCUAUAGGUCGAUUCUAUAACUUGCUGAGGGGUUAGGUCACAAUGUUCAGCAUAACAGCGUGGCGGGGCGCUGGAGGAGGGGAGUCAGUGAGAACAGCUGGGCGGGAGAUGCGGAGGCGGAAAUGCCAGCCCGGCCUGUUCUGAGUGGGAGAAUGGGGCCUUGUGCCUCCAGCUCAGAGCCAGGCUUUCAGAGCUGGAGACUGAGUUGGGCUCAUUGUUUAGAACUUGGAAAACUUAUUAAAAACAGCAUUGAGAAUGGAACGUAGGCCUUCUGGAAAUGAUGGCUGAGCAGAGACUUGUUUAUUCUUCUUCCCUCCCUGAAACUCACUGAAAUGGACAAAAAGAAUGAAAACUGGAUAACAGGAUUUUAUCUCCAGUGAAUCAGGGAUAAGCGAAGCCGGAGAAUGGUGUCAGCCAGACGGGGAGGAGGAGAAAGAGAGAGCCUCGAGCAGCGUGCAGUUUCCCCACUGGAGCACUUGGAAGGGACCGUUGAUGACAUUUACUUGGCAGAAAGGGGUCUGUGGUCUGGGUGGGCCUUGGGGUAAACCAGAUGUAGGUGGGUGUCUGGUGAGAGAUGAGCUGAAGGAGGAAGGCCCAGGUGUUCAAGUGCACUUUCUACAAGAGCCAGAUUCUUAUGGGGUGAGGUGGGGGAGGGAAUGGAGAUGGCCCUCCCCGGGGACAUGCUGGCAGGGCCUUGGGCCUCAUCCCCCUUACAGUGGGGCUGAGAAGAGGCCUCCUGGUGAGUCAUCUUGCAGGUGGGCAGGCGGUCACCUCAGAGGAGCUUUGGCAGGAGGCCCUUGAGAUGCCCUUGGAGCCAGCUUCCAGCCCGUCCCCUCGAAGCACUGCAGAGGCCGGGGACCCUGUCCUCAGAGACCAGGAGACUCUUGCUGGAACCAGAGGAAGAAACAUCUGGUUGUAUUUGUGGUGCUGCUGCGCGCAGUGCGCCAACCUGCACAGAGACAAGCCAAGCCACGCGGGGCGUCCUGGGAACCCAGACGGCCUUACCGGGUGCAGGACGAUGCCUUCCUGACUGAUGCUGGAAGGCAUCCUGAUGACCGGCUGACGGCCGUCCCCCUGGGUCCUGAAGAAGAGGCUGCCAUGUCCCAGGCACAGGACUACGAGUGCGAGAGCCAGCAUGCCAGCCUGCUGGAGUCCCGGGUGUCAGGGUCCAGCACAAGGCUGGAGUGGGUGGAGAUAAUCGAGCCGCGCACACGCGAGCGCAUGUACGCCAACCUGGUCACCGGCGAGUGCGUGUGGGACCCGCCGGCCGGCGUGCGCAUCAAGCGGACCAGCGAGAACCAGUGGUGGGAGCUCUUCGACCCGAACACGUCACGCUUCUACUACUACAACGCCAGCACCCAGCGCACCGUGUGGCACCGGCCGCAGGACUGUGACAUCAUCCCCCUGGCCAAGCUGCAGACCCUGAAGCAGAACACGGAGUCGCCGCGCGCCUCGGCAGAGAACAGUCCCGGGCGGGGCAGCAGCGUCAGCCGCGAUGGCAGCACCAGCUCGUCCCUGGAGCCCGAGCUGGAUGCCGGCGACAGGGCGCAGGAGCUUGUGGGCCGCGCCAGCCGGCAGGCCGCGCCAGGGGUGGUGAAGGACGAGAGUGGCAGCUCCUCACCAUCAGGAGCACUCCUCGAGAAGGACUACGAGGUUUACCGGGACUACAGCGCGGACGGCCACCUUCUCCACUGCAGGACUUCCUCUCUCCGCUGGAACUCGGGCACCAAGGAGCGCAUGCUCAUCAAAGUUGCCGACAGGGAGCCCAGCUUCCUCUCCCCCCAGGGCAAUGGCUACACCCUGGACAGCCAGCCUGGGGGUCGUUCCCGCAGACCGUCUGGAGGACAACACUCGCCCAGCCUGCAGACCUUCACCCCUGACACGGACAGCCCCGUCUUCUUCCCCGAGAGGAGGCCGUCGCCUUUCCCGAAGAGGGCAGAGCUAGGGAGCUGCUCCCCGCUCCUGGCCCAGCCCCGCCGGCCGGCUGGAGACUCGCAGCCUUCCUCACCGCGCUACGCCUACGAGCCUCCCCUCUAUGAGGAGCCCCCUGUGGAGUACCAGGCCCCACUCUAUGACGAACCCCCUAUGGAUGUGCAGUUUGAGGCUGGCUCGCCGCGGCGGUCUCCUGGCCGCAAGCCACCCAAGCCGGCCUCUGCGUCGCCCUACCAGCAGCUGGUGCUCACCAGGCAGAAGUGCCCCGAGCGCUACCUGAGCCUGGACUACAGCCCUGCCGGCAAGGAGUAUGUGCGGCAGCUGGUGUACGUGGAGCAGGCCGGCUCCAGCCCCAAGCUGCGGGCAGGUCCGCGGCACAAGUACACACCCCACCCAGGGGGCGGCUCGCUGUCCCUGCAGCCCAGCCCUUGCCUGUUGCGCGACCAGCGCCUGGGGGCCACAUCCUCCCUGGGAGUCAUGUCUGGGGACUACAGCAGCAUGGAGGGGCCUGAGCUGCGGCCCGCCCUGCCUCCCACGCCCCUGCCCCAGGCCCAGGAUGAUGCCAUGUCCUGGUCUAGCCAGCAGGACACCAUGUCUUCGACGGGCUACUCUCCCGGCACGCGCAAGAGGAAGAGCAGGAACCCUUCCGUGUGCCAUGCUCCCAGCGCCCCGCCUGCCGAGGGCCCUGGGGACUGCGACCCGCUAGGCCAGCAGCCCCUGACGGAGGAGCGGCCUCUGUGUGGACCCGGCCUGAUGCCCAUGAAGCGCACGGAGGGGGAGGCGGGGGAUGGGGAGGGCCCCCGGGGCCCAGCUGAGCCCUUCCUGGCGCAGGCCCGGCUGGCCUGGGAGGCACAGCAAGCCCACUUGCACAUGAAGCAGAGAGGCAGCUGGGACUCGCAGCAAGAUGGCUCGGGCUACGAGAGUGACGGGGCUGUGCCGCUGCCCAUGCCUGGGCCCGUGGUGCGUGCCUUCAGUGAGGAUGAGGCGCUGGCCCAGCAGGAGAGCAAGCACUGGCAGAGGGGUGCCUUGGACAGGCUCGCCUUCCCACAGGUCCUGCUCGAGAAGAGCGUCUCUGUGCAGACCAGCCUUGCCUCCCCGGAGCCCUACCUGCAUCCCUCUCAGUCUGAGGACCUUGGCACCUGUGCCCAGUUCGAGAGCAGCCGGCAGGCCCGGAGUGUGAUGCCCAGCGCCAGCUGCGUGUUCCCCACCUUCACGCUCCGCAAGCCAUCCUCGGAGACAGACAUCGAGAACUGGGCCUCCAAGCACUUCAACACCCACACGCAGGGCCUCUUCCGGCGGAAGGUGUCCAUCGCUAACAUGCUGGCCUGGAGCAGCGAGUCCAUCAAGAAGCCCAUGAUCGUGACCAGCGACCGCCAUGUGAAGAAAGAGGCCUGUGAGGUCUUCAAGUUGAUCCAGAUGUACAUGGGCGACCGGCGUGCCAAGGCAGACCCACUGCACGUGGCCCUGGAGAUCGCCACCAAAGGCUGGAGUGUGCAGGGCCUGCGGGACGAGCUCUAUAUCCAGCUGUGCCGGCAGACCACCGAGAACUUUCGCCUCGAGAGCCUGGCCCGCGGCUGGGAGCUCAUGGCCAUCUGCCUGGCCUUCUUCCCACCCACGCCCAAGUUCCACUCCUACCUGGAGGGCUACAUCUACCGGCACAUGGACCCUGUCAACGACACCAAAGUGACCCAGCACAUGAAAGCGCUCCUGGAAAGGAACACUAAGAAGAAGUCCAAGUUGAGAAAGAAACCCAAGCCUUAUGUUGAGGAGCCGGAUGGGGUGGCAAUAAGCACAUAUGCCAAGUACUGUUACCACAAGCUGCAGAAGGCAGCCCUGACCGGGGCCAAGAAGGGGCUGAAGAAGCCCAACGUGGAGGAGAUCCGACAUGCCAAGAACGCGGUCUUCAGCCCGUCCAUGUUUGGCAGCGCGCUGCAGGAGGUCAUGAGCAUGCAGAAGGAGCGCUACCCUGAUCGGCAGCUGCCCUGGGUGCAGACCCGGCUGUCAGAGGAGGUGCUCGCACUCAACGGUGACCAGACGGAAGGCAUCUUCAGAGUACCUGGGGACAUCGAUGAAGUGAAUGCCCUGAAGCUACAAGUGGACCAGUGGAAGGUGCCUACAGGCCUGGAGGACCCCCACGUCCCAGCGUCGCUGCUGAAGCUGUGGUACCGGGAGCUGGAGGAGCCCCUGAUCCCGCACGAGUUCUAUGAGCAGUGCAUCGCGCACUACGAGAGCCCGGAGGCCGCCGUGGCCGUGGUGCACGCGCUGCCCCGCAUCAACCGCCUGGUGCUGUGCUACCUCAUCCGCUUCCUCCAGGUGUUCGUGCAGCCUGCCAAUGUGGCCAUCACCAAGAUGGACGUCAGCAACCUGGCCAUGGUGAUGGCGCCCAACUGCCUGCGCUGCCGCUCAGAUGAUCCACGGGUCAUCUUUGAGAACACUCGCAAGGAGAUGUCUUUCCUGCGCGUGCUCAUCCAGCACCUGGACACCAGCUUCAUGGAGGGCGUGCUAUAGCGCGUGGGCACCGAGGGACCGAGGGUGGGGACAGAGCCUGCCCGGGU